AUGUCGUACCGUCCAGACUCGUUCGUUGCCGGUCCCCAGACCUCGCAGCACGAUCCCACUUGGCAACUGCACUCCAGUACUGACUCUUAUCUUCACUGGGACGCCAAUACAAAGUCGCCAAGCGAGCAACAUCCUCCUCGUAGCUCCACAGCCAGCGCUGCACCCGCCAUGUCCAGGCUCAGGUCCGCAAGCUCCGCCGCCUCGACUUCUGCGCCAGGCGGUCAGAUGCCCGCAGAACCGCAACAACCCGACAGCGCAUCCGUAGUGUCGCACCAUGGCCACACUACCAGCCCUGAACGUUCCGUGUCGCCUUCGUACUUUACCAAGCUUUACUUCCAAGCGCCCAAUCGCUCCUCAUCCGGCACCAGCCCUACCAUCACUUUCACCGGCGCGCCAGCUGAACCAUCCCUCCUCGCCAACGCUCAGACCCCACCUCCGUUGCCCGAUGGUAUCCAGCCAACCUCUCAACUCGCGGAUCCCACUCGUGAUGCGAUGGCUAACCGCAGGCCCUCCAUCACCGCCGUUGCGUCUGGACCUGCUACUACUGCCGCCAUACCCUUGUCGCCCACCCUAUCCACCAGGUCUGCUGCUAGCGGAGGCGGCUUCUUUGCAUCUUUACGCCCCUCGUCUCCAGGCAACCUCUCCAUCUCUACGUCUUCAAGGACUCAAGACGGCGAGGCUUCGGUCAAGCCCAGGAGACCCAGCAGCGUCUUUGAACACGUUGGCAACGUCUGGGAGCGCUUCGGUCGCAAGGUCCAUCACACGCGCACAGCAACCUCUGAGCAGCAGCCCAGCUUGGCAUCGCACCCGCGCCGCUCUGCCAGCCAAGCCUCGCCCCCGAUCGGGCUGACACCCGAAUCAGCGGAUGCCUUCGAUACCGCUCGUACCUCGCCGUCCGAUUCUUUCAUCUCGCAGGCCUCCCCUUCGCAAUCCACAACCACCGACUCGGAAUGCCGUACUCCCGCAACUCCGAGUGGAGAGCCGCCAGCUUCGAUACCCACGCCGCAGCCGCUUCCCUCUGCACCAGCGUAUACGUCCAUACCCUCCCAUGACGCACUUGCGAACGCACCGCAGCAAGAUGAAGUGGAGGAGCUGCCGUAUCUGGCUCCCGAAUCACCGGAAUCGUCGCAAAUACAAUCCGCAGGCCCGGUCGUCGGCUCGCCCCGCAUUGCAAGUGGUCACAGAUCCGUUGCGUCGCACCGCCGGACAUCGAGCUUGUUUGAGCGUGUCCUAAUUCAGGUCACCGACGACAACGAGAGGUUCUCUGUCGUCGAUAUCUCGGGCGUGGACUCCGCGGAUGCCAUCAAAGAGAGAAUGUUUGCCAAGCUUCACCUCUUUGAAGCGGACCAUUCGAGCUUCCAGCUUUUCCGCACCGAGAUUGGUCAAUCGGAAGCCACUGGUCCCGUUGUCAGCGAUGACGCGCUGCUUGUGCUAUGCCUGCAAAUGGGUGACGAUCGUGGCACGCUCAAGUUCUUGGUGCAGCAGACCGCGCCGCCACCGAACUCGACGGUGCGAGCGAUGCCACCGCCGACCGCUGUCAUCGUUACGCAGAGGACAAUGAACGACGACGUUCGCAGAACUUCUGGCACCGGCUCGGCUGCCGGCCAUCACCUUCGAACAGAGAGCCAGUCUUCCAAGAGCUCGUUGAGUGAUGCUUUGGUCUACCCCGAGUUGUUUGGUGCGGAUGCGAGUCACGAAGGCUCGAACCGCAACUCUGGUAGCAGCUUGACACGGACCAAAGCGCAGGCAAGGCGCGCACUACCAAGCGCCCCACCGAUCGAUGACUUGCGCUCUCCCACCCAUGCCGUCUGUGGCGAGACAUAG